AUGUUUAACGAGAGGGGGGGGGGAGCUUCUCCCACUCCGCCCGAUUUCGCGCUCAACUCGCUGCGCAUGCGUACUACGUGUAAACAGGCAAUGGCGACAGAAGGCGGCAAGGUGAACUCAAGCGGAGUCAACGUUAGUCACUCUAUUACGGAGAGUAACGGCAGUGCACCGUCGGAUAAUUUGAAUGGAGAAGUAAAUUGUCAGACGAAGAGAGCCAAAAUGUCCAGUACUGAGGUUGUUACCGUUGUUGUUGGGACGCAAUGGGGAGACGAAGGCAAAGGCAAAGUAGUCGACAUGCUGGCCCAGUCGGCUGAGGUUGUUUGCCGUUGUCAGGGAGGUAAUAAUGCUGGCCAUACUGUUGUAGUCGAUGAUAUUGUAUAUGAUUUUCAUCUAUUGCCAAGUGGUAUUGUCCAUCCAACUUGUGAUGUUGUUAUCGGUAAUGGAGUAGUUGUUAAUUUACCUGAAUUGUUUAAUGAAAUUGAGAAAAAUGAAGGAAAAGGCUUGACUAAUUUGGAAAAACGGUUAAAAAUCUCUAAUAGAGCUCAUCUUGUGUUUGACCUUCAUCUUAAAUUGGAUGGCGUCCAAGAAAUGAAGAGAGGCAGAAAUUCAAUUGGUACCACAAAGAAAGGAAUAGGUCCAACUUAUGCAUCUAAGGCAACAAGGAAUGGUCUACGAAUCUGUGAUCUUGUUGGUGAUUUUGAAUAUUUUGCAGAAAAAUUCAGAAAUCUCAUGGAGUACCACAAAACGUCUUGUCCAGAAUUGGAGAUUGAUGUUGAAGUGGAGCUGAUUAAAUACAAGAAAUUACGAGAAAAAGUGAUGCCUUUUGUUGUGGAUACAGUGCUCUACAUGAACAAAGCAAUUGAAUCUGGACGCAAGAUCCUGAUUGAAGGCGCACAAUCCACCAUGUUGGACAUUGAUUUUGGUCCAUAUCCCUAUGUGACAAGCUCCAACUGUAGUGUAGGGGGUGUGUGCACUGGGCUGGGCAUUCCACCCAGAAACAUUGGCAAUGUCUAUGGUGUUGUCAAGGCUUACCUAACCAGAGUUGGAUCUGGGGGAUUCCCAACUGAACUUCUCAAUGAAACUGGUGAGCUGCUGCAAAAGAGAGGGCAUGAAUUUGGAGUGACCACUGGCAGGAAACGAAGAGUUGGUUGGCUGGACAUGGUCAUGCUUCGUUAUUCACAUAUGAUCAAUGGAUUCUCAGCCGUUGCCAUAACCAAACUGGACAUAAUGGAUGUAUUAGAAGAAGUGAAAAUUGGAGUGUCUUAUAAAUUGAAUGGCAAGCCUAUUGAAUCUAUACCAGCAUCUGAUGAAGAUUUAAAACGAGUGGAGGUGGAAUACAUUACAUUGCCAGGUUGGAAAACAAGUACAGAAGAUGUCCGCAAAUUUUCCGAUCUUCCUGAAAAUGCUCGCACUUAUGUCCGUACAAUUGAAGAAUUAUUAAAAGUACCUGUAAAAUGGAUUGGUGUUGGUAAAGCCCGUGCUUCCAUGAUCCAAGUCUUUUGA